ACCAGUCAGUGCGCCUCGCGCCGUGAGAGAGCGAGGGAGUAUGUAACAAAUCUCCCUCUUGACUUUCUCUCUCAUGGGCUCGUAGGUCGGUAACCUGUGCAGGCAUCGAAUCUCCUCCGUUUUCUAAAAGUUUCUUUAGUUAAUGGAAACUGAUAUUAAAGUAAACAGUUGUCAUAACGAUGUGGCGUAUCACUUGUGUGGAUUUUUGAAGACACUGGAAUCACAACUUGUCCACAUAAACUGAAAGACAGUGAUCGCUUUGAUACGAGGAGAAACAUGUCGCUUUAUUAGAAGCCAGCCAGACGCUGCCUUGCCCCAGACGACCUGAACACACCCGGCACUGGUUGAGGUUGAUGUGGUGACGUCAUGGGUGAGGGAAGAUGGGGAGGAGUACCAACCUCCUUGAGCAGCCUCCUCCUCUUCCUCCUCCUACUCUUCUCCCUUCACCUCUCCACCUCCCCGGCUUCCGCGCAGCAAACUACUACUACUGAUGUGGCUCGCUUCAUCAGAGGGAUCUUCACACUGCCGGAUUAUUGUCUCCAUGACGGCAUUCAGGCUGCGUGCACGUUCGUCCUCACCUGUAUCUUCCGCGGAGGCACCUCCGUCAAUAAGUGUGGCGGAGGCUUCUUCUACACGUGCUGCGUCCCCACUGUAGCCACCGUCAGGUCCGAUGCUGUCAGACAGAUGAAUAUCUUCGGCAGACAACCUCCUCCCCUGGCCAACCGUCCCAUUGCUCGUCCAAGGUUACCCCUCCAUCGUCGUCCGAGACCUUAUUUUAGACCUCGACCUUGGGGCCUUAACCGCAUCCCAGUUCGAGAGGACCCUGUCCUAAGACCGGACACACAGCUUCUUCAACAGCAGCCAGAACAACGGCAACAACAACAUCAACAGUUUCAAGCUCCCGCCAUCGAGCCCAACCUGCAGCUCAGCGCUGGGGUUAACGAACCAGGUGGUACGAAGUCUUCACUCUCCCGUACCAAGCAUCGUCGUGUUUCAGGCUGUGGCACUCCCAGAAUAUCUCAGUUUGCUAAAAGAAUCAUAGGCGGGGAUGAGGCCAGAUUUGGUGAGUUCCCAUGGCAGGCACACAUUCGCAUCUCCGGGUACCAAUGCGGUGGUGUGCUGGUGAACCACUUCUUCGUAGCCACUGCAGCCCACUGCGUCCACAAGGCACGACUCAACCAGAUCACAGUUCAUCUGGGAGAGUUUGAUACCAAAGACACCGGGGACCAUGAAGAGCCGCUGCCCAAGGAAACCUUUGCAGUUGUAGAGAAGAGGAUCCAUCCCAUGUUCAAGUACAUGCUUACACAGCCUGACAGGUAUGAUAUUGCAGUGCUACGUCUCAACCGCCCUGUCAUCUACCGAGCCAACAUCCUGCCCAUCUGUUUGCCUGAUCCUAAUGACAAUUUCAUUGGGGACGUAGGCAUUGUGGCUGGCUGGGGCAAGACAGAUAACUCCUUCGGAAAAACGGGUACCAACAUACUGCGGAAGGUACUGGUGCCAAUCAUCAGCAAUGAUGAAUGUCUUUCUUGGCAUCACCACAAGGGUAUUGAUGUCAAGCUGCAUUAUGAGAUGUUCUGUGCUGGCCAUUCCCAAGGCAAGAUGGAUGCAUGUCUGGGGGACUCUGGGGGACCAUUGGUGGUGGAGAAAGAUGGACGAUGGGUGCUGGCGGGCAUCACCUCAGCGGGCUUCGGCUGUGCUGUGGACCACCAGCCUGGCAUCUACCAUAAGGUGUCUGUCACUGCAGGCUGGGUGACGGGUAGUGUGCGGACGUGAUAGUGCUUGUACAUAAUGGUAAGUGAAAUAAGGAAAAAGCUCCUAGAACACACCUAGUACUACAGUGUUGCUUGUGCCAACCUUUGUACUAAUGCUGUGUUGUGUUUGUAUACACUGAUAUUUUUGUCUUAAACUUGUACAAUGUUCAUCAAGGCAAGAAGUGAUGUUUUAUGAAAAAACAAAUCUUUCUCCACAACAACUGACUUAAAAUCACUAUGUGUACUUCUGUAAAGUCACAUCAUCUAGAGUAGUAAAGCUACAAAUGUGUUGCUUAGCACUCCCAUUGUACCUGUGUCAUGCCCUCCCAUUGUACCUAUGGCACUAUAUGUCUUCCCAGUGUACCUAUGUCACCAUACUCCUCAAAGCUAGUCAUGUAGCUGCAGGUGACCGGGCAGCUAUUGGAACUUCCCUCUGUGAGUGAGUGAUGCCUUCUUAAGGAAGCCGCCCCACACUGGAUGGCUAGUCUUUCAAAACGUUGUGUUUCAAACUGUUUUGUAACUCUGAAAGUGAAUUAGUAAAUGAAUGCAAACAUAUACGUUCCCAACUUUAUACCUUGUGAUAUCAGUGCAUGAAGCCAGUGAUGAAGGUAUUAAUAAAAAUAAUUUUAUCAUGAGUGUAGCAUAAUAUAUGAUGAUGAUAGUGUAGAAUGUAUUGUUGCAUUCCUUAACUCUCUUCAAAAAUUAUUUUUACAAAGUUAUUAGUGACUAGCAUUGAAGAAAUUAAAUAAUUUAAGUGCUGUGUGAUAUCAAGUAUUUCUGCAUGUAUUUUGCAAAAUUUUGUAGAAACAUGAUUGUAGUUAUUGAAGAUUGAAUUUGAUAAGUGAAAACUAAACUAAUGAUCUCUGUAUAUUGUGUAAUAUUUCUUAAGCAGCCACAAAUUACAUUUCAAAACUAAAGAAAUGUACACUCUGCAAGACCUUCUAGGAAUCAUCACAGCAAAAUACAAAAUGUAAGUAUGAUGGUGUUAAUUGAUUAACCUGGUAUGUCAGAUGAGGGACCAGCGUGUGACACACUACCUGUUAUGACACCUCAACUGAAUGGCCUUCAGGGUUGUAAUAUUACUUUAAAAUAUAAAAUAUAUCACAACUCUGUUGAUGACCAGGAUAUCAAUCAUGUAUUCACUUUGGAAUGUGAGAAGCUUCUUUCUGAUGGUGUCACCUGUAGCUUGUUGUGCAAUGACAGAGAUUGUAAUGCAUGUGGCAAUGUUGCACUCAGGCUCUUCCUAUUAUGAUGUCACCAUAAUGUUACACAAAACAGUCACACACACACACACACACACACACACACACACACACACACACAAUAUAUUAUAUAUAUAUAUAUAUAUAUAUAUAUAUAUAUAUAUAUAUAUAUAUAUAUAUAUAUAUAUAUAUAUAUAUAUAUAUAUAUAUAUAUAUAUAUAUAUAUAUAUAUAUUGCUGCCAUUACCUUUUUUUUUUAUGAACAAAACCAUCGGUUAAUGUUGUCCCAUGUGGCUUUUUGAUCCCAUUCUACUUGUACAAAUAUGAUAUUAGCUGUAGCACUUUCUACUGAUCGCGGCAAUCAUUGUGAUGCUUAUAUUUUUAUACAUUAUUUGAUAGCGCAGUUAAUAUCAACGCCAUCUUCCUCUGAUUUUCACACCAUCUCAGUGACGAAUUCAUCAGUCAGCUUGCUAUGUUUUCCCCACAAAGAAAAUAAUAGUACAUUAAGAUUAUUUGAAUUUUUACAAAGAAAUGCUAGUUAGAAAAUUUAAUAGCAGAACCACACACACACACACACACACACAUUAAACUGCAGACAAAUCAAGCUGUCAUGUGGGAUCACUCGCACUAAAUACUGGGAUCAGUCUUUCGUAGAUAAGUAUGACAUUAAAACUGUACAUAAUAUUUAUUUUGAAAUAAACUAUAAAUCAGUUAA